AUGGCCCCAACGCCGCUCCCGCCCAGCCGCUCCGCCGGACGAGGCAGGCCGGGCCCCACGGCUCCCUCCUCCGCGGGCGCCCAGACGGCCGCCCCAGACGGGGGGACGAACCCGUCGGCACCCCUGCGACUCACCUACCGCGCCGCCGCUCGGAAACUUGAACAGGAGACACGCAGCGAGGGCCUCGAGAGCUCCCAACUACCUCCUCGCUCGAACAAAAUGGCGCUGGGGCCGCCUCCUCCCCCGCGCAGGCCGCCAGCCUCUCCCAUCACCUCUCCGCCAAGAGGGGGAGGUCGCCUCGCAGACGCACCGCCACCCUCGCGGCAGCGAAGUGGGCCCCCUCUUCGGAGGCGCCGACUCCGCACACGCCGUGGAAGCUCCGGUAAGACCUACACCUGGCGCCGCAAAGUUCAAGGUGGAAAGAGCGUGGUGGCCUCGGCUUCGCUGACCACCCACGGAGCGGCUGCCUGUCUUGCCUGGGCUCUGUCUGUGGCCUUCACCCGGAUGCUGCCCCUCAAGCCAAACAGGGACAGGCCCAGCCCGGUGCUAGAAGAUUCCACAGGUGAGGUCGAGUGCUUCUCAGACUACAUGACCCUGUGGCUGCCACGGAGACAUGCGGAGGGUUUGAGGCAGUGGCUGGGCAGAGAGCUGCAGUUGCCAGGGCCCUGGAGGAGCGCCCCCCACCUGGAUCCUCUUCUUGCUCAGUGUGGCUACUUCCUGCAUCCCACCCCUGAUGGAGACUUCCUCUUCCGAGCUCUGUACUCGGCCUGCUUUGUGCAGAAGGAGAAAGCAAAUUAUAGGUUGGAAAUCAGAGUCUUUCAGAAAGGGGUGAGCGGGCCGGAGCGGAGUGAUGGCUAUAUCAUGGAGUGUCCAGUGAGAACGCCAAAGCUGGACCAAGUGUACGUCCGCUGCGGACCUGAGUUCAUCCAGGUUUCCCGGCCGCUGCCCCUGGGAAGCUCCAGUGGACAGGGCCCGUGGCUGCUGUCCCUUCGAGGGGAGCUGGUGGCAUCCCUGGAGGACGCCAGCCUGAUAGGACUGGAUGUGGACACCAAUGCCACCACCAUCACCGUCCAGAGCCCGAGGUCAGAGCUCCUUCAGAGACGGGAGGUGCUGAACACCUCCACGGAGCUGCUGCUGCUCUGGCUGGUCGGUGGCCACUCGGCCUAUUCUUUAGAAGCCACCUGCCCACCGGUGUCAUCCCAGCCCCAACUAGACGUCUUCGUUCACAUCCCCAAGCAGAGACUGGGUCUGGUCAAGAGGGGCCCCUACAUCGAGGAAAGCCUGACCCUACGGUCCCUCCGAGUCCUCCAGUCCAGCACCUUCAGAGUCACAGAGAGCCCAGACUUGGUGGUGGCCAGCAUCCCAGCGGCUGGGCUGCUCCAGGUCCAGCCAUGCCAGGAGGACCAAGGAGCUCCAGGAACCCAAGCUUUCUCCAGGGUCGACCUGAGCCUGGUAUUUGCGGAGGCAGCCACCCCAGCCCUCUGGACAGCGGAGAAUUUCUUCCAGUGCGUGGGUUCGGGGACGGAGCUGCCUACCUCAGCUGCUACACCGAGAACCGCCCCCUCGCCCCAGCCCCCAGGACCAGAGAGUCUUCCAGUAGGUAUGGCAUCUGCUGCCUCUUCCCCACUCCAGACCGCACGUUUCCUCCAAAAGGACCAGCUCCCACGAGAGGAAGGGACCUGGACCACAUCAGCAGACAGCCAGGACUGUGGGAACAAGGUGGACACCCACUGCCUCCGACUUCCCCAGGCCAUUAUGUGGGAUGAGGGUGGGAGCUUCAGAGAGUUCCUGGAAAACUGGAAUGAAAAGAUGGUGGACCACUGGAUGGUAACUAACAACAGCAACCAGUGA